GAGAGAGUGAUAUAUCUUAUUAGAAUUUGGACCACAGACGUAAACCUAGCUUGCUGCCUCUAGGACACCAGGUUUCAACGCUUCUCCUCUCGUCGCAUACAUUGAGAGAGAGAGAGAGAACUUUAUCGUCAUGUAUCCCUGUGUCUUCCUGAACCCUUAGGCCAAAUCCAGAAUCCUUAACCAUCAUAUUUGAAGGAUUUGUAGGUUGGACCGGACCGGAUUUCGGAAAAUGUCAAAGACAGAUUCAAAUCUCAACAAUGUUAACGAGACCCAUCACAUAGUUGCAGUGGAAAAUUCACAACCCAGAAACCGAAGCUUCAGUUUUCUUAGGAGAUUAUUUGAAGAGCAUUACCCACCCAGCUUCCUCAGAAAGGUGGUUGCAGAGGUAAUGGCAACGUUUCUGUUGGUGUUCGUAACUUGUGGCUCAGCAGCACUCAGUGCAAGUGAUGAACACAAGGUGUCAAAGCUGGGAGCUUCGGUUGCAGGUGGACUCAUCGUGACCGUGAUGAUCUACAGUGUGGGACAUAUUUCGGGUGCGCACAUGAACCCCGCCGUCACGUUAGCAUUCGCCGCCGUGAGGCACUUUCCUUGGAAACAGGUUCCAUUUUAUGCUGCAGCUCAACUGACAGGAUCCCUGGCUGCCUCAUUUACACUUCACCAACUCCUGCACCCAAUGAAGAACAUCGGCACUACGUCACCUUCAGGCACAGAUGUUCAAGCUUUGGUCAUGGAGAUAGUUGUUACAUUUUCAAUGAUGUUCGUCACUUCAGCCGUUGCAACCGAUACUAGAGCUAUAGGAGAGCUAGCAGGGAUAGCAGUCGGAUCCGCAGUUUGUAUAACUUCCAUUUUGGCCGGGCCAAUAUCAGGUGGAUCCAUGAACCCUGCUAGGACCAUAGGUCCAGCCAUUGCAAGCGAUCAUUACAAGGGAAUCUGGGUGUAUGUGGUAGGGCCAAUAUCAGGAACACUAUUGGGAGCGUGGUCCUACAACCUGAUUCGAGCGACAGAUGAUAAACCACCAAUCCAUGAGGUUUCAGUGAGAUCAACAUCUUCAUUCAAACUCCGUCGUCUGAGGAGUGAUGACGGACAGCUUACAGACAAUGAUCCUCUGGAUGCCCUUUAAUAAUGUGCAUGUUUCAACUUUGAACACAAUGCCGGGUGCCUCCUUGCCUUCUCUCUCAAUGCCAUUGCUAUUGCUUUUUAAACCUCUUUCUCUUUUUAUUAACGUCCAAUCCAGUUUAUUCUGACUGUGUUGCAUUAUCAUACCACAACUUCUUUUCUUUUUCUUUCUUUGUUUCUUUUGAUCAAUCAAUGUACUUCCUCUGUAUACGAAUGGCCACGCCAAAUGGGUCGGGUUGCGUUUGGCUGGGAAUUUAAUUUGUUACUUUCCUUUGUUACAAAGGGCUCAGAAGCUUUGGAACAAUCUAUGUAUGAGACAGUGACAUAGCACUUCAAUGUUUAGCAAUACAAUGUGCCAGCCUAUUAUUACA